AUGGGUGAUGCAUCAGCUCCUUCGCAAAGCGGGUUGAAUACUCUAUCAACCAAAACAAAAGGAAGAGGUUGCACCAGGAUGAAAAAGUUGCAACUUUUGACUGCACGGGAUGAGAGAAUACCAAUUGAUUUCAAUUCAGAUGGACAUACUAUAUGGGAACUUGCAAAAGAUUUCAAGUAUCAUGUUGCUUGCCUCGCUCGAGAGAAAAUCAGUAUUCUGAUUGAUGAAUGGGAUAAGGUUGGUAGUGAAGACAGGAAAGAAAUAUGGAAAAGACUUGAGCAAAUAUGGGACAUUUCUAAAAAUGAUGUUGUUGAUAAGAAAACGAUGAUAUAUGCGGGUGAGCGUUGGAGGGCCUUUAAAAACAGCUUAAAAAGUAGAUAUUUAAAUAAUGGAAAUAAGAGUGGAAUGUCUGCUACUGAUGAUUACCCUUAUAUUGAUGAAGAAACGUGGAAGGAUUUUGUUAAAUCGCGAGAGGACCCUUCCUUUCUGGAGAAAAGAAAGAAGGGACAAGUGACUCAGUCUUAUAAUAAAUAUCCCCAUAGGUUUUCCCAAGGGGGAUAUGCUUUGCUUGAGAAAAAUAUGAUGUCAGAUAAGUUAAAAGAAAGACAAGCAGCAGUUGGAAGGUCAGAGGUUCCACCUCCAUCUCCAUCACAACGACAUGAGAAGUGGAAGAGAUCCCGACUAAAACCAUCAGGAGAGUAUACAUCAAAAGACACACGUCUUAUUGUAGAAAAAAUUGAUACUCUGGUGUUAGAAGGGACCUUUAUCCCACAAGGACGACAAGAUAUUUUGAUAGAAGCCACGGGGCAAGGUAAGCACCCUAGUCGUGUUCGUGCUGUUGGUCAAGGUGUGGGGAUUCGACAAUUCUUUGGAUCCCAUUCUCGUAAAAAUUUUAGUACCCCGCCUAUUAUGAAUAAGGACCAAAUAGAGACCAUAAAGGUCGAGCUUACUAAGGAUAUUAUAGAGCAAGUGACGCGGGAUAUUGUCGCUACUGCGAAAAUCGGCGCCGGCUGA